AGGUGCUGGUAGUACAUGAGAGAGGGGAUGUGUGCUACUGAUUGUCUGUGAGAGGGGAGGGGGGCAGAGACACGCAGAGAGACAGAGAGGGUUAGAAGAGGGAGAAAGGAAUUCAGAACUGUUUAAAUGGGGAUCCAGAGCGCAGCGCGGACAGCGGCUGCGGACUGAGCCAGCAAAACAAAAACAACAACAGAAAAAGUGGAGACAGGUUUAUUUUACGCACGGGAAAAGUGGGAAGUAAUUGGAGGAAAGGAGAAAGAAGCAUGGGAUUUUUUUUCCUCUAAAUGUGUCCUGUUUGACUCUCAUGACUCAGAGAGGAUUACUGUUAAACUCAGCCGCUCUGCAGGAAUUGAUGGUGUUUUCUGAGAGAAACGGAGCGGAGGCGAGGAAUCUGAAUGCGCUCGGCUGAACCAUGCCAGGCUUGUGGGUCCUAACUUUGGCACUCGCUUUCAACCAAGUGUGCUGUGUGCGAUUCUCCCAGGAGCCGGCCGACCAGUCAGUGGUGCUGGGAGAACGAGUGGUGCUGUCCUGCGUGGUCUUCAACUACACGGGCAUCGUCCAGUGGACCAAGGACGGCUUGGCUUUGGGCGUCGGAGAAGGUCUUCGAGCCUGGCCCAGGUAUCGCGUGCUGCGGGCGCUGGACACCGGCCAGUUCAAUUUGGAGAUCUCACACGCUGAGCUGUCAGAUGACUCCCUGUACGAGUGUCAGGCCACGGAGGCCGCCCUGCGCUCCAGGAGAGCCAAGCUCAACGUGCUUAUCCCCCCUGAGGAUCCGGUGGUGGAGGGAACGCCAGAGCUGCUGCUGAUGGCUGGAACUGCAUUCAACCUGACCUGCGUGACCCGCGGGGCCAAGCCUGCAGCUCACAUCCAGUGGACCAAGAAUGGCAUCCCUGUGGAGGGAGCACACCACUCUACGGAGGUGCUGCCAGACAGGAAGAGAGUGACGAGCCGGAGCUAUCUCCCCAUCACUCCAGUUGACACUGACAGCGGCAGCAAUUUCACCUGUGUGGCCAGCAAUCCAGCAGUGCCAAUGGGCAAACGAGCCACUGUCACUCUCAACGUCCACCACCCUCCCACUGUGACCUUGUCCAUCGAACCUCGCUCUGUCCUGGAGGGAGAAAGAGUCACAUUCACCUGCCAGGCCACCGCCAACCCGCCCAUCAUGGGCUACAGGUGGGCUAAAGGUGGCGUGCUGCUGGAGGGGGCCAGGGAAAGUGUGUUUGUCACCACAGCAGAUCAUUCAUUCUUCACUGAGCCCGUGUCAUGUCAGGUGUUCAACGCAGUGGGAAGCACCAACGUCAGCAUCCUCGUGGACGUGCACUUUGGUCCAAUUCUGGUGGUGGAGCCCAGACCAGUAACAGUGGAUGUGUACUCAGAUGUUACUUUGAACUGCAAGUGGGCUGGAAACCCUCCUCUUACCCUCACUUGGACUAAAAAGGGCUCCAGCAUGGUUCUCAGCAACAACAACCAGCUGCAUUUGAAGUCAGUGAGCCAGGCCGAUGCAGGCCAGUAUGUCUGCAAGGCCAUCGUGCCGCGCAUCGGAGUGGGAGAGAUCGAGGUUACGCUUACUGUCAACGGCCCCCCCAUCAUCUCCAGUGAUCCAGUUCAGUACGCUGUCAGAGGUGAAAAAGGAGGGAUCAAGUGUUACAUCGCCAGCACCCCCCCACCUGAUAAGAUUGUUUGGGCGUGGAAGGAGAAUGUUUGGGAGAAGGAGAAAGGCACUCUGAUGGAGCGGUACACGGUGGAGCAGAGCAAACCCCAGGCCCAAGGCGGCGCCGUCCUCUCCACCCUGACCAUCAACAACGUCAUGGAGUCCGACUUUCACUCCCCGUACAACUGCACCGCCUGGAACUCAUUUGGACCUGGAACCAUGAUCAUUACCCUGGAGGAGAAGGAUAUUGUUCCAGUGGGAAUUAUCGCCGCUAGUACAGUGGGCUCCUCCAUUCUGCUGCUUAUGAUUCUGCUGGCACUCGCCUUCUUCUUCUACCGCCAACGCAAAGGCAGUCGCCGAGGUGUCACACUCGGUAAACCAGACAUCAAGGUAGAAACAGUCCACAAAGAGACCCACAGCCUGGAGGAGGAGGCAGCCAACGUCUCUACAGCAACCAGAAUGGUCAAGGCCAUGUACUCCUUUUUGCCCUCUGUUUCCCUCUCUCCCUCCACUCAGCCAUUCAAAGACGACAUGGACCUGAAGCAGGAGAUCAGGAGCGAGAGCGACACGCGGGAGGAGUACGAGCUCAAGGAUCCAACUAACGGCUACUACAACGUCCGAGCCACCACCCACGACGAGGCGCGACCCCAGUCCCGUGUCGUCCACUACCAGGGAGAGUUUCGUCCCCCAAACCCAAACACCGGGCCAGGCGGAGCCACAUCCGGCGGACCUUCAGCUGCGGUCAGCGGUGCGGUUCCUCCCAGCGCGGUGCCAGGCUCCAGGGCAGGCUGCUACGACCCUCGCCCGCCCUCCAGGAUGUCCCACGCUACCUACGCCCAAUUCAACACCUUCUCUAGGGUGGCACAGAGGCAGGAAGCUCCUCCAAAUCCUGCUCUCCCGUCACCCGGAGAUUACCCCGGAGGAGACUGUGGCCUGCUGGACAGCUCCACCCAACUGCCAUACGACAGCUACGGAUAUCCCUCCCAGUAUCCCAGCUACCGCAUGGGCUUCGCUCCCACCAUAGAGGAAGGGCCGGCCUAUGAGAUGUACCCGACGGGACAGGGGACCGGGUCGGGCCCGGGAACGGGACAGCAAAGUCCUGAAACAGGGUUGGCAAAGUACGGGAGCUCCACCCGCUUCUCGUACUCGUCCCCUCCGUCUGACUAUUCUCACAGACACACGCAGCGAAUGCAGACUCACGUGUGAGGAAACUUUCCUGGAUUUGCUUUCGGCAUCAGCAGUGUUUUCACAUCCCGUGUAAAUCCUCCCGUUCUGUGCGUGGAUCUUCAACAAUCCGUUCUCCAUUGCAAUCACCGCAUGGAAAAUCUUUUUUUUCUUUUCAACAACAGUGUGACACCCCAACAUUUAGGAAAGAAGCAAUACAUGCAGAGUGAUCUUCACCCUGAUCCACGCAGGCCUCCUGUCUGCUGCGGUUACCCAUCAACAAAAGCAAAAGCGAGAUUCACAAUCAGGAGAUGAAAAGAAGAACAAGAAGAGCACUUUGCCAACUUGGACCACCUCUCCUCACACCCUCCUGUCUCUGUAAAUAAUGUGAAACUUGGGCCAUUUUAAAGUUAUAUUUCUUGUAUAAAUAUAUAAACAGCAAACCUCUCAGCAAGCCACACUUUUUGCAUUUUCUGACUUGCAUUGCUGAACACAAAUCCAGACAUACAACCACAUUUCUUUUAAAAAAAAAAAUGCAUCAAAGGGGCAGCUUGGACUAUGAAUAUAGCUGGCACUUUUCAUUAAAACUUGCUUAAUGGCUUUUUUUCUUACAUGAUCUACCUUGAUUUGAGUGGGACAGCUCGUCUGGAGUGAUCAGAUUGCCAGUUCCUAUGUGCCAACACACACAAAAAGAAUUAAAUGGUGUCUUUUCUUUUUCAAAGCGUGGACAGUGAGGUGCUCCGGGUGACAGGAUACUGUACAAGACAAACGGAGCAGUAGCAAGCGUCUCUUUGCUCCUUCUCCUCCUCGUAUUGUGUUUCUGUCAUCAUCACCCAUUUCUAUACCUAAUAUUUCAUCUAAAGUCGAUGCUAUAGAUAGUGUUUGUGAAACAAGGUGUGGUGGGAGCGCCUUUUCAUUCUAUACAUUUCUGCAAUUUGUGCAAAAAGAUACCUCCCCUAUCUUCAAGUGUUCAAAAAAUAUAUAUUUGUUUCUCUCACUUGCACAGUAGAAUAGAUUUUUUUCCAUAUUUAUACUGAAGCAUAUAACAGAAAAACAAACAAAAAAAAAAACAACGGCAUUCAGAAACAUUUUAUAUUUAAUAUUUUUAUAAGGAGUUGUGGACCAAAGGUUCAGCAUUUUGGGCGACGCUCACUUUUUAACGAGUAACGCGGCGUUACGGUCGGAAACGGUCCGAGUUCCUUUAAAAUGAAACGGUUUUUAAUGUUGUAGGCUUAACGUAGAAAACUUAAAGAGCUUCACCUCGAAAUGACAAGUAUCCAGCCGAUUCCUGCUACGGAUAUAUUUGUUUGGCGUGAAACUCUUUCUUUGACUUCCUGUCUUCUGACUGGACUGCCUUUUUUCUAAAGCUGGUGACGACAUUCAAAACGACGGGCUUGGAGCGAGCAGCUGCUCGGUUGGAGCGAGAAGGUUUAAAUGUAGUCUAACAUAUCAAAGUGAGGUAGAGAGGGUUCUAUCUAGCUCAUAUGGUACUUUGUACUAUUUGUAAGUAUGCUGAUUUUUUUUCUCUGCAACAGAAACUCUGCUGGUGUCUUAUGUCUAAGAUUUUUCAUCGUGUCAUGUCAGGUCUUGGUGUGCAGAUCUGGCCUUCAAAGCAGAACUUGGUACUCGAAACUUGAAACUCUGAGGGGAUAAAUCAUGCAAGUUCCUCUCCCUCCUCUAAGUUGUGCUCAGUGAUGUUGUUAAACUGUGGAGAAAACUGUUCUGCUUAAACAUACAGCGCCCUCUACAGUCAAAAGAACCCCUUGUAAAGAUAUGUAAAAAGCCUAAUUAUAAAGGCAUAUUUUAAUUGUUGUGGCAUAAUCUCAGUUUGAAAAUGUUUUAAAAAUCCAUUUAUUAAUUUGAGUACAUUUGUUUCCUGAGAGAAAAAUAUCCAGCACUGAUAAAUAAUUUACUGAGGGAAUCAUCUGGAUUCCCUUUGCUCCACUUGGUGAGUCAUGUCUGAUAUUUGUCCAUGUUCUUUUGAUCAUUAUUCUGCUAAAAGACCCAAUGAUGAUCUAUGUUCCAUUUUUCUGGCAGAGCAAAUCAGAUAUUAAUUCAGAAUAUCCUGGAAUCUCAAAGAAUUCAUAAUGCCAUGCACUUUAAAAUCAACCUUUCGACAGUGAACAUUCCCCCAGCAUCACAGUGGGAGGAAGUUGUUUUCUGCACAUUUGUCUUUCCUUUCACAUGAGAACCCUGCAAACUGGUUGCCAAAAUGUCCAAAGCGUUUAGCAAACUCUGCAUUUUGACAUUUGUGAUGGUAGGACAGAAACAAACAUGUUUUCCUGCAUGUCUCCAAAACAACAAAAUGCCAGUUAGGUUUCCUUCAUUGUGGAGAUUUCUUAAUUUAUUUUACCUCCCUUACCAUCGUUGUACAUGUUAACAAGAUAAUCUUGGAUGCUUAUGCAGCAUUGUUUGGUCUGAAGGUUUAGUCCUUUUUUCAGGAGUGUUUACAUGUGAUGUCACUAUUAUAAUAAAAAGGUUAUGGAUAAAUACUUCGAUAAUCCCAGACGCCAUAAAAAAUUUCCAGUUUUAGUUUUCAGGAAAAAGGUGAAAACAAUGAUUUUAAAAUAAAUUAUUAUUCCUCAGUGUGAGAUUAUUUUUCUCUGCUUAAAUGUACUUAAAUUAAGUUUUUCACAUGACCCCCAUUUCUUAGCCAAAAUCUCUGGAUUGUAAUUUUCUUACACCUCAGUGAGGUGUCGGUGUCGACUCAAACGGAUCAAUGUAUUUCUUAUUAUAGUUUCUAAUAUCAGCUAUUAAACCCCUCAGGUUUAAUACUAGAGCAUUUAAGCUUUUUGUAUACUAAGUAAAUGAAAAACGGAUUGAUUUUUUAUUUAUUUAUUUUAUCCAAAAAGCCCCCUGUCCCCCAGUGGAUUGAAGUUAUUUAUGUUUGCACUCGGAGCUUAAUGAGAUUCGACUAAACUGCUCUCUUCAUCAUCAUACCAACUCAAAACGUCACAUUUUAUGGCGACAAGAAUUUGUUUAGUGGAAUACAAGAAAAGUGCGUCAAUAAUCACGAUCCCAACGUUAUAAGCUUCCACCACAUUAAGUUUGCUUUUUUUCUGGACGAACAUGAAAGACAAUAAACCUUUCUACUGCACCCAUCAGGAAUAGAUUCUAUCUUUAAUUUAAUACCUUUCCAAAAGUUCCCAUCCUGCAAGCUUCACUGAGCAGGUAAAUUUAAAAGGUGCAGAAAGCAAUAAGGAGUCACUCACUUGUAUCUGUAUUCUACAUUUUGGAGCAGUUAAAAAUGAUUGUGCAUUAAAUAAGACCCCUGGCUGCAGAGGCUAUCAGCCACUCCAGAAGUAAUCAUUGACUGUUUAUAUUUAUCAGUCGCUCCAUCAACCCUUCAUGGUAUAUUAUGGUAAUUGUCUGCAGAGGGGCUAUAAAAAUGUGUUUAUAGCUCUUGUUUUCUAUAAAGGCAGAGAAAGAAAACCUCAGCCACGCUGGUUUGUAUCUCGGAGGCAACCUCGCAGCUCCAAGGUCACGAUGUAAACCAUGUCAGCCGGGGAAGGGCGGCAGGUGGAGCUGCGUUUUAAAUUUUAAACCGUUAUCACCCCCCGUGGAACUGCGCACUGUAAUCUAUUUACAGCCGUUUUACAGAGUUGUAGCUGAGCAGUAUUUUGCAUCUGACUUGCAAUCUUGUUACAACCUUGUGGAAGGAUGAGUGGAUUUGACGGAGAAGAUGCUGAGGCUGUUGCACGCAUAGCCAAUCCAUGCAGGUACUUGGGUGUUACCUGUGGUGACAUUACAGUCUGUUGACAUUACAGUUCAUAUAAAAUGUUAAACACACACGGCCGAUGCUGAGGUACAGCAGUGGAAAAAUAACUACAGGUUCGUCUUAAUACAUGAAAACAGCAUCAAACCGUAGCUGAAUUUGAAGGAAACAUGGACACUUUUACCUCAUUAGGUUGUUUUUCCGUGUCUUUUUCUUAUCCUCCGUGUGUUUUUCUCUGUGCAG